AUGGGCCUGGGCCCCGCCGCCCGCGGGGAGAGAAGGCGACGCCUCUCUCGCUUCCCCCGGCCCCGCCCCGGCCCCGUCCCGCGAGCCGCAGAAGAAUCAUCUCAAGCGUUGGUCCAGCUCUCGCCCAAGGAGCCACAGCAGGGAACCUCAGAGCUGAGCAGAAGCAGCCAGGAGGGGGAGAAGCCCAUAGUUAACUUGGAGACCACACCCAAGGAGAAAAGAGCAGAGUUGAAUUCAGCCCCGAAGCCUGAGAACACCGGGAAAUUGGCAAAGCAAGCUGCUGAGGGCAAACCAAGGCCCAGACCCGGAGACCUGAUUGAGAUUUUUCGAAUUGGCUAUGAGCACUGGGCCAUCUACGUGGAAGACGACUGCGUGGUGCAUCUGGCUGCCCCGAGUAAGGGUGAGGAAUUCGAGGUGGGUAGCAUCACUUCCAUCUUCAGCAACCGCGCGGUCGUGAAGUACAGCCGUCUGGAGGACGUGCUGCACGGCUGCUCCUGGAAGAUCAACAACAAGCUGGACGGGACGUACCUGCCCCUGCCCGUGGACCAGAUCCUCCAGCGCACGAAACAGAUGAUCAACAAGAUUGUGCAGUACAGCCUGAUCGAAGGGAACUGUGAGCACUUUGUCAAUGACCUCAGAUACGGCGUGCCCCGGAGUCAGCAGGUGGAGCACGCACUGAUGGAAGGCGCGAAGGCUGCGGGAGCGGUCAUCUCAGCUGUCGUGGAGAGCAUCAGGCCCAAGCCCAUAACGGCCUGAAGGAGCUCGGAACUCCAAGCAGAGAAGGAACUGCUGUCAUCGGUAGGGACAACGUGCCUCCUUGCCUCCCCUUGCCUUCUCUUUCCAUAGCCCCACUCGAGAAAAUUGUGAACUUCUGGAAGAAUCUAGAAUGUAUCCAAAGACCCCUCCAGAAAUACAUCCAAUAUAUGUGAUCCUAGAUCUGUGGA